AUAACACAACACAACCCAGAUGAGGCUGAAGGACGAACUAUCUGCCUAAUUCCUCACACCCUCUUCUAGAUCCCUUCCUCUCUCAUCGGGCAAAUCCAAGGACGCAGCCGUUUCAGAAGAAAUGUAGCACAAGCGUCAAGUACAUUAUCUCCGGUCUCGUCAUCCAAAUGCGAAGCCCAUCAUGAGCUUAUACAAGGCACAGUUGAAAAAGGCUUGCACAAGUCCGCCCUGCUUUAUACACCAACAGGAAUUGCGAGUUCAGACACAUUCACAUCAUUUUAUUCAUCGCUCAGCGUCUGCCUCGCGCGGACGCCUUAAAAAGCCUCUUAAUUGUACAGGCUCUGAAAGACUCGCUGUGAAAAGAGUACUGCAGCGCAAGUACCGAAUAAGGCUCUGACAAGCAACUAAAAAGAUGAUGGGAGACCAGUAGAUUGGCUUGGCCCCCCUAUUCAACAGCAGCCUUUCUUGUCCUCCUCGAUUAGUUUCGUUUCCAUUGCGUUUCCAUAUCCUGGGAAGGUUAUACAGAACUUCCCAUCACCCUCGGCUUCAACCAUCCUCAGAGCCUCUGACAUACAGGAAGAUCACAAAGACUCAAUUCAUUUACCAAUAGGGGAAAACUCGUGUACCACUGAUUUGCAUACCCCGAUGCUCGUCAACCCUGUUCCUGUUGCCAAAGCCUUGAUUGUCCCGGGCUAGGAGCAAGAGACAUUGGACACAAGCAACACUUAGCAACCCAAAGGCCACACUCACCACUUCAACACCUAUCAAAAAGCAUCAAAACAAUCUAAUUCACAGCCAAAAUGAUGGCCAAGCCAUGGAACGAACACCAAGGGACUAUCACCAAGUUGUACAUCAAGGAGGGUAGAACACUCAAGGAUGUCCGCAACAUUAUGAAGUUGAAGUACAACUUUGACGCUUCAAUCCGCUCAUAUCGACAGCACUUUGAUAUUUGGGGAGUUGGCAAGUAUACUUGCAAGAAACGAGAAGAGCGCCGUCGCCGAUCCCUCAAUAAGAGCCUGUCUCUCUCCCCAUCACAGUCUCUUGCAGACGUGAUCAUAAAGCAAGAAGAGGCAAGCUCGCCAGCUUCUUCGUCGGGCUCCAGCUCUGUAAGCCGACGCUCAUCAGAGCAGAAACCUCUGCCUGUGCUGAAGCAGCCCAUUCUCUACCCAAACUUUUUCCAGGACCAGAUGCGGUCUCAAGACGAUGCGCAGACAAAGAUUGAUGCUUCUCGAGCGCCGUUGUGGGAGGGCCUGGACAUAGACAUGCUUCGCAGUUCCCAGACUGCUCAAGCCAUGUUGCCAUCAAUCAUGCCCAUCCAGUCUUAUAAUGAGGCUACGAGCUGGCCAGUGCCUCGAGGCGCGCCAUCGUAUCUCAACAGUCCUCCCCAGCCCUUUGACCGAUCACAGUUUCAGACUAUGGUCCCGCGGUAUGUACCUGACCCGCCGUUGUACUCUCGUGACGCUGGACUCCGGUCGGGCUUGCGAGCUCCAGACUUGUCUGUGGGCAGACCAAACCCAGGGGAUCUGCUUCACCACAUGGUUGGCUAUCACGGCGUGGCACAGGGGUAGAACAUAUGUAGACGACAGACAGCAAGGGUGCAUUCCACUAACACUAUCUUUCUGGGGAUGGGACACGUUCAAGGAUGGAAGGGAACAUCGUUGGGUCACACUCCUUUCAUAAACGUUGGUCAAGUGGCUGGGACAAACGGUUGAUCUCGGAACGUCUCAUAUUAAAUAUAUACGUUAUCCUAUCAUGGAUUUUAUUCUAGCUUGUUUCCACUUACCGGUGUUCUCAAUCGAUUUCAUUGUUUUCAUUAUUGCUUCGCAACAGAGUACCAAGAGUUCAAAGCAGCCUCCAUCCGCAGGAGCGGGUUCGAGACGCGGCAUGCUACGGUUUGUCACUUGACAAGUUGGUCAUCCAAGGUAAGACGUGGCGACUAUCCACACCAUCUACGAUAGAACUCUUUGACAAUGUUUUGAUUGUAAACCUUGAAAGUCAUGUUAGCGACUUGAUGUAAAUGCGUUGAUAAACAGCGAAAGAGUAAUGUGAUAAGAAUUUCAGGGUAAGGUGCCUUGUCACAGGCGUUAUCGUCAAAGCAAUAUGGCUACGUUGACCGUCGUGAUAUAGUAACAUCAUUUAGGAGCGAUUGGGGAAACAGAAGGUAAGAAAAGACUAACCCGAGACUAUGGUCAAGCCCAUGGCUGAGUAAGUGAAGAGACGAUUUGAGUAUGCUUUCGAAAUAUCAGUCGCUAUCGCUGAAAAGUCUGCAUUGACGUGUCGUGAAGCAUCUCGAUCAGGGGAUAAAUGAAUUGUCGUCGUAGCGUGAGCUCGGACAUAUGCUUGUCGUUUUCAUUUUGGAUCAUCAUAGAGAUGAUGUGAAGUGCGAAUGCAGGGGCCAGUCGGCUACUCACGUCUUGAUUAUCUGAGAAUUGGUUAGCACAAGUCGCCUAGUGCUUGCGAGCAAAUUUGCAAAAGAAUCGCGUGUCAGGAAAUGCAUGAAUGGUAAAAUAAGAUUGUGUCUGCAUCGAAAACUCGUAUAAGACUCGUCAUCUAAAGGGUUCAUCAGGAAGCGAGGAUGCUGCUGAGAUAUGUGAAAAUUUACUUACGGUUGGAUAAAACCAGUGAAGUUUGAAUGAUAGGAUUGAGUGGCAGAGUACUAGCACUCGAGGUAGGUUAGCCUCAAUGGCUCGAAAACAUCCAAAGUGAAAGUAGAUGGUGACGAGUCAGUGGGCGAGGUUUUCUAGGCCUGCCGCAAAGUGGCUUUUCUUGCUCAUGUGGUAUGAUUCGGAGCCCAGUGCCGCUUCAUCAUGAAAGGUCGAGAGCGGGUCGAGAUGAGAUAUCGCGUACCUUGCUAGUAUCUAGUCUUUUUCAGGUCAGCACAAGCUACUACAUGCAUGACAACAAGUGUGAGGAAUGAGUCUCAAUCAGAAAUAGCCAUUUUAUAUCGUCAAAGAAGAACUCAGCCGGUAAUUUCCAGCGUAUAUUGUAAAAGAAAUGAUCAUCACGAGAGGGGGGAAAAGAUGCGACGUGGGCGCUAUAUUUGAACGUACCAUUUCAGCCCUUGUCGGGCGUA